UCCUACACUGCUUGUAUUCGUGUCAUAAAGCUCCUACAACCUUGUAGUCUCUUGCUGGUUCUCGGGGGUUGGCUCGGGUCCCGCGCCGCGCUGGACGCGAACAGCCUUCUCCACCUGGAACACUUCUUGCCUCUUGGCAAAGUUAACCCACCUCUGCAUUCGCCCGAACACGAGUGGCGGUUGAACCGCGCGAUCCACAAUGCCGUCCACAAAGCGGUGCGUGACUCUGUGUCCUCGUGGUAUCGCACUCUCCUGCCAGAGGUGGAGGGGGAGUUUGAACGCGCCGUGCGUAACACGAUGCUGGAGUCAGCGAUGGAACUGAAGGAGCGUGCGCGGCGAGUGGACAGAAAAGCCCUGGUCCAGCGGCUGCUAGAGCUGUAUGGCUGUCACCUGGAGAGCUGCCUGGCGGCGAGGCAGAUACAGUCGACGCAAAAGCAGAGCUUUGGCCUCUGGCAGCUCUACAGUGAAGUUGGUGCCCCUCACCCAGCUGUGAGCAGUGCAGCCGCUGAGCUCAGCUACUCAAGAGCUCUAGUUAACCUCGUCUUACAUGUGCUUGUUCCACACCCCCAUAUGGAAACCAGGACUGGAGGUUACAUGGUGACAGAGAUCAUCACCUGCAAUGUGCUGUUGCCGCUCAUAAGCAGGGUGUCUGACCCCGACUGGCUCAACCAGACCGUCGUCGAUGUAAUCACCAGGUCCGGAGAACCACAGGAAAUCAAUGUGGCUGAGUUCCCAGCGGCUCUAUACAGAUGUCAGAUCCUGCAGGAGUCCUGGACCACAUGCAAGUCACUGUCUUCUUCUGAUCCGGCAAGCUUCAACAGCAGAAACAGCUACGACUUUGAUGAUCUGCAGAGCCGGAGUAGCAUCUGUGAGAGGGAUUCCUCACAAAACAGCAUGGUUAGCCUGACGUCUGCCGGGAAAGUAGACGGUUGCCACGCAGGUUUGCUCACACCAUGCAGAGUGAACUGCUGCUCCCUCCCGUCUGGCCGCUACUCCCACUCACCAGAACCCAAAUUGAUUUCAUUGGACUCCUUGAUUCAAUUAGACUCAGAGGAGGACCUGACAGGAGGCUUUUGUGACUGCGGUUCUCCAACGAACAUCUGCAACACGAUCACUUUAAAGUACGAUGAGGCCUUCGGUUGCUUCGGACCUCUGAAAAAUCUUGGGCCGAAGAUGGCGGCGCCCGAGGACUCCCAGUGGCCAGCGGGUAUCGCCCAAGAGAAAUCCCAAACAUAUCCUCCAAGGACCUGCAACUUCGAUGCCUCCAACAACCAAGCUGCACCUGUGAACAUCCAGAAUGUUCAAAUCUCAGGCAUUGUCGCUGCAAAGGAGCAGCGGGGCACAGGCACACACCCAUAUACUCUCUACACUGUAAAGUUUGAGACGAUGGCUCCAGCAGAGGACAGUGAAACUUUGCAGCCGGUGUCCUGUCACACUGUCAACCGCAGAUACAGCGAGUUCCUCAAUCUGCAAACACGUUUAGAGGAGAAGCCUGAGGUCAAGAAAGUAAUCAAGAAUGUCAAAGGUCCCAAGAAAAUGUUCCCUGACCUCCCAUUUGGCAAUGCAGACAACGACAAGGUGGAAGCCCGUAAGAGCCAGCUGGACACGUUCCUUAAACAAUUAAGCAGCAUUCCAGAGACAUCCAACAGUGAGGACUUGCAGGAGUUCCUGGCUGUCAACUCAGAUGUUUGCACAUAUUUUGAAAGAAAGCCUUUUAUCAAGUCGAGAAUAGAUAAGAUGAUGGAAAAUGCUUUAGACACCUUAAAGACAGCUUUCCCUCAUCCCGAGCCCCUCAGUCCAACGGAGGACCUGGAGGGAGAUGCUGAUGUAAGAAUAAUGGACAGCAGAAAAUACAGGAGGCUUAUGUUCCCAAGCAAAAUGUCCACAUCUCUCAACAUACCUGACCUGCACCCGAAAGUGACCUACUGCUUUAGUGAAGGCAGCGCUAUCCUCAAUGGCAUGUCACUGUCGGUCCUGGAGAGCUUUGUCAAAGAGCAGGAACGACUUUUAUGUGAGCCGAACGGGAAAGAGACAGCCAAGCAGAGCCGUGAGCCGCCCGGCACAGACAAGAAGACGUCUGGGAAACCUCCUGGCACAGACACAGCCGUGGCAGAUGUUGCCUUGAACAUUGUGUGUCUGCUGAUGAAGGACCAGUGGAGUUGGCUUUGCACUGAGAACAUACAGAAGACCAUCAGACUGCUCUUUGGCACCUUCAUUGAGAGCUGGUUGGAUUUGGGGGUUGCCCACCUGACCAGUGCCCCAUGCUGGGUGAUUUACCUUCAAGCGCUGCAGGAAGCUGUGUGGCCGGGCGGCACACUGCCUGCUCAACCUCGGCCAGAGCGUAGUGCCCCAGAACGAGAGGAGACCAAGGAGCAAUGUCUGGACUGCCUCAUGCAGCUGCUGCCAGAGCUCAUCACUGACAUGUUGGGAAGUGAGAAGUACAGACUAAGCUUGGAGACCAUGCUGGAGUCUUUACAGGAUCAUAUGAUAAACAAGCAUCUGAUCUACUGCAUCUGUGACCUGCUGCUUGAGUUUCUAAUUCCUGAGUCGUGCGACGAGGCCUUCCAGGGGUUUCUGUUGCAGAGCCUGGCCAAAGACGCAGAGAGGGACAAUCCUCACAUAUGAACAGCACAUGAUAACACUCAGAUGCCCCACAGCUAUAGGAAACUGAUAGAUAACAUGCCGUAUGCUCCCAAUAGAUGCUGAAGGAAAACUGAUGUUUCACCCUCAAUCAAUAAGUCACUUUGUUACAAACAAGCUCAACGAGAUCCGGGAGAGUUGGAAUCAGUUCAAAGUUCAUAUUUUCUGUUUUUGUCAGCGCAGAGUUUACAAAACUGGCAGUUUUUGCUUGCCGUCCAUUUGAAUACAUAUCAAAGACACCAGGCUACAAUGCCAAAAGUGUCAUAUACUUUCACUUAUCUCUAGUUAAAGAGACAUCUGGAAUGAUACGUUGUAAUGCAAAACUUCUUUCUUUCAGUUUGUUAAUUGUUCAGUUUCCUGGCUGUUUGAUAAAGGAUAACCAUCAAAUACAAUCUCUGUCCAGAGCAAUAGUCCUGAAUCCAAUUUUAAUAUGACACUGCAGGGGGUGGACACAAUAAAGGGAACAAAAUGAUCAUCAUCUAACUGUCGUUUUCUCAAUGCUGACGUUUACAUAUAGAAACUUGUGUGGAUUGGAUCUGAGGCGCAUUUACCACAACCACACUUUCUCAUGAUAUAAUGGGCUGAUACUGGCAAGAUUCCACCUCCUUGUCUCGGGGACUUUACUGGCAACCAGAGGAAACAAAACACGUAUGCUGCAUUGAUGGUGGCCCCAUAGAGUACGUCUCAAGGUCAUAACAGCUGUAUUUUCAACACACAUCUCUCAUUAAAAUAAAACAUCUGUGACAUUUCACAACUACAUGUAGACUGAGCUCAGAUUGAUCUCCUACUUACAAUGUAUUUUCUCAUUCCAACUAAAAAGUAAACAAAUACAACAUAUUUUAAGACCUUUUCCUUAAAAUAUUGAACAUUUAUUUCCCUUUUAGUUAAAUUUGAAGAUUUUUACAUUACAUUUUGACUAAAAAAUACUUUCGUUACUGAGAUUUUUUUUGCAGAUGUUUUGAUGCCUCUCAUCAGUCCAUCAACAAUAAAGUCAGCUAUACAGCUUUGUUGUACGGUUGUUUAAUAAACAAUAAACAUAUUAUAUAAUUGCAAUGUC